AUGGCGAUUUCCUGGGAUUCCAUCCGGGCCUUUGUCCUCUUCUUCGGGCCCAUGCUACUGCCCAAAGCCAUCUCCUACUAUCGAAGCGUCCGAUCCGGUGCGCGACGACAUGGCCUUUCCGUGCAGCCCGUCCCAACAACGAUCCGCAUAGCCAUAUUCAUGCUCUCAUUCUUCGCCUUCUUGCUCGUCCUCAAGACACUGCCCUUCUUUUCGCCCGAAAACGUCUUCACCAAGACGCAGAGCCGGCUGCAGAUACCCGUCGACGUGCUCUUCAACCGCAUCUCAGCCGUGCGGCCCAACAACGUCUACACCGAAUGGGAUCACGUUCUUAGGUCCAAAUUCGUCAACCAGGAAAGCCGCCUCCUGUACUUCCAGUUCGGCCCGGAAGUACUGGCCGAAUGCCUCUUCUGCAGCGCUGACGAGCCGAGGAGCUACUUCUACUAUGCCCUCCCCGCGAUCCUGUGGCCGCACAUUGCAAACUUGACUGCGCUCGCUGUCGUGACGAGUCCUUCGGUGACGGGCAAAUACGGCUCUCAGUGGCGGGGGCUGGCAACGAUUGUCUCUGCGGUUCUUGCCGGCCUGGAGGUGUAUUUCGUGCACUCUUACAACCAUCAGGCGAACUCGCGGGCGCUGCGUCUGAGCGAUGUAGACUUUUUCUACUGGACGAUGCGCAACUAUAGAUUUGUCGCCCUGGCAGCUCUUGAUGCUGUUGUUGCGUUUGCUUUAUACCUGUCAGCUACUAACCGUGCAUUCGUCCAGCCUCCAUCUCCGGCAGAGCGAAUUGAGCUUGUCAACAGGGCGCUCGUUGCUGCCAAGAGCAAGGUGAAUGCGUCUGGCAUUGUAAAGAACACAAUCAUGCGGGACGAAGAUUUGCGAUCCCGUUCGCAAGGCUACUGGCAGCACGAAGUUCGACUCAUGGGAGAGGUUAUGGAGGAGCGAGAAGUCAUUGAUGGCGUGAAUGACGCCCUAAGCAACAGGAUUGAUAUCCAAAACAUCACCCGGGAUGCAGAAACUUAUACGCAGGGCGUUUUACGACAGCAAGAAUAG